AUGAAGUCGUCUGUAGCGUCCUACGCAACCAUCAUGGCGACCCGCGAAAGUUUGAAGAAAUUGUCGAAGUCCUCAAUACAGAAAUUAUAUGAAGAGGUUGGAAUAGAUUCAAAGGGGAAAAGAAAAGAAGACUUGAUUGGGCAAGUAAUCACAAGCUCUGUACCGAUUGACAUCAUUACUCCUGUGAUUCGCCAAGAAACUAAUGUGACUGCUUUAUUUCCGUCAGUCAGUGUUUUAGAGGGGACAGAAAACCUACCACCUUUCAAUCGGGUUAGGUAUUCAGUAGUUUCAGUUACUGAAUUGCCAUGCCCUUCCUUCCUUGCAAUCUACAACUUCAUGGUUGAAAGGUCCAGGAAGUCUGUACAUGACAAUGUCGAAGCCGGUGAUGUGGGAGUGUCGGUGAAGAAUUUUAAGGGGAUGGACAGGGCUGUUCGUCACUUUGAUGCUGGCGACAUACAGGACAUGACAAUAUCACGGAUUGGAGAUAAUGUAGUUUAUGUCAUGGCUUCGUGUUUAGCCUCCAUGAAAAAGGACAAAUAUACUGUAUAUUUGUGUAUGAUAACCAAUGAAAGAUGCUCUGUACAGUAUGCUUAUUGUCAGUGUCCCAUUGGGAGUGCUCAACAGAUCCCAAAGCCUGUUAGUGCAUUAUGUUUUAACAAACCAAAGCUUGUUGAAGAUCCAAAAGUCCGAUCAGUAGACUAUGAUCCUCGCCAUCCAAAGGACAGAGUAUUUGACAUUUCUGAUACCCUGGCUGAGCUGAAGGAAUUGAAGAAAAUCUUCCCGAACACAGGUUUUUAA